UGUAAAUCUGUCCAGUGUUGUGAAUGAGCAGUAUAUUUUAAGGUAUUAAUGAAAAAACUAGAAGAAAAAAAAAAAACAGGUUACCUGAAGGCAAACAAAUCUAGUAUAAAGUCAACCUUUACCCAGUAAGCUAUGGGCAGAUUGGCCAAAGAGGGAAGGAGCAGUGAGGGAAGUGCCUUUGUCUCUUCCUAUUAAUAUUCAGAACCCAUAAGGACAGGUUGGUGCUCAUUUCUAGGCAUUCAAACAAUUUGGACAGACGGGAUAAAAACAUGGCGGUUUUACUUGGAAGCUACAGUUUGCCAUUUCUCGGAGCCAGCAUCUUCAUCGCAGCUCUGACCUACAUCACCUACAAGCUGCUGAGCGGUUACCUCCAUAAGUGGUUCAGAAUGAAAUCCAUUCCAGGAACGGGUUAUUCGUUCCUCUUCAUUGGAGACGCACUGCUGUUCAAACCCAAAGCAGGAGAUUUCUUCAAUCAGAUUAUAGCUUUUACACAGGAGUUCAGAGACGCACCACUGUUUAAAAUCUGGGUUGGACCAAUUCCCUUUGUUGUUCUUUUUCAUGCUGAAAAUGUUGAGAAGAUUCUGGGUAAUCCUGUUCACCUCACCAAGUCUUUUGCUUACAAAUUUCUCCAUCCUUGGCUUGGAACCGGCCUUUUGACCAGCACUGGAUCAAAGUGGCGACAGAGAAGAAAGAUUCUGACUCCAACCUUCCACUUCUCCAUCCUCACCGACUUUCUGCAAGUGAUGAAUGAACAGACGGAGAUUCUGGUGGAGAAGCUGGAGAAAAAGGCGGGGAAAGGUUCUUUCAACUGCUUCAACGACGUCACCCUCUGUGCACUGGAUAUAAUCUGCGAAACUGCAAUGGGAAGGAAAAUUUAUGCACAGAGCGAUUCAGAGUCAGAGUAUGUCAAGUGUGUAUACAGGAUGAGCGACAUCGUCAGCCACAGACAGAGGAUGCCUUGGCUUUGGCCCGACUUCAUCUACUACUACUUCGGUGAGGGGAAGAACCACGACAAGACGCUGAAGAUCCUCCAUUCCUUCACCCAUAAGGUGAUAAAGGAAAGGUCUGAAAACUUCUCCUACAUUGAAUCAGACGGCAACUCUGACCACAGCAAGAGGAAGCGACAGGCUUUUCUGGAUAUGCUCCUGAAAACCACGGAUGAAGACGGCAACAGGCUGAGCCAUCAGGACAUCCAAGAGGAAGUGGACACUUUCAUGUUUGAGGGUCAUGACACCACGGCUGCCUCCAUGAACUGGGCCCUGCACCUGCUGGGAACCCACCCUGAGGUGCAACGAAAAGUUCAACAAGAGCUGCACGAAGUGUUUGGUACGUCGGGCCGACCCGUUAACACAGAGGACCUGAAGAAGCUCAGGUACCUGGAGUGUGUGAUCAAGGAGGCUCUGCGGCUGUUUCCCUCGGUGCCUUUCUUUGCUCGAAGCCUCUGUGAAGACUGCAAUCUGAAUGGUUUCAAAGUCCCCAAAGGAGCGAAUGCGAUCGUCAUCACCUACGCUCUUCACCGUGAUCCGCGGUACUUCCCAGAACCUGAGGAGUUCCGGCCGGAGCGGUUUUUUCCCGAGAAUUCAGCUGGAAGGCCUCCGUAUGCGUAUGUCCCGUUCUCCGCCGGACUCCGCAACUGCAUAGGUCAACGUUUUGCGCUGAUGGAGGAGAAGGUGAUCCUGGCGUCCAUUCUGCGUAACUUCAACGUGGAGGCCUGUCAGAAACGUGAUGAGCUUCGUCCGUUAGGGGAGCUCAUCCUGCGGCCAGAGAACGGCAUUUGGAUCAAACUGGAGAAGAGGGAGCCGCUAGCUUCAUAACUCAGAUUCUUGUCAUCCAUUCAUUCAAUUAUUCAUGAUGUUAAUUUUGUAACUUUUGCAAAUUGAAAGUUGUUGAAACUGAUUUGUGAUCUAAAUGAAUACAAAAAUG